AAUAAGCCUCGCAGCCCUAGACUGCAGUCCUGUAACUCCUGCUUCAAUUUUCUCUCAGAGAUCAUCCGGAGGAGCGAUUCGCGUCAUCGUCGUCGUCACCGAAUAUAAUACAGGAAAGGGAGAUUCCUUACUACCAAGGUCAAGCAAAGCAUAAAGAGAAUACCAGAAGAGAGGAGGAGAAGAGGAGAAAAAACGUAGCAGAAGAAAACGUAAACGAGAAGAAGAAAGAAUGGCAGAAAACAAGCAAGUUGUGCAGCCCAAGUGCAACGUUAACGCCAAAUGGGACGCAUGUCUCGAUCUGACGGUUCGCCGAUUCGUUUACUCUUCCGUGGCUGGGACUUUUGGUGGUCUCCUUUUAUUCAUAUUGUGAUCGAGUGGAGACAUUCUUUCUCGCUAACGAGCUUGGUUUCUCUGAGAGAUGGGAGUCCGGUGACUCGCUGGGCAUCUGUAGCUUUUGGUGCUGGAGUUGGCCUAGGAUCUGCAUAUACAGAGUGUUCUCGUAUUUUUGAUGGAUCUCCUGCAAAAUUGGCACCUCCUAAGAUGGAAGAUUCUCCUGCGAAGUUGGCAUCUCCUGAGAUUGUAGAUUCUCCAGCUCCUCAGGUAGACUUGUCAUUUAUGUGACUGAUUAUGAGUAUGGAUUGCUUGUUAUCAUUUCCAGGAUAAGCAGGACUGAGAAUCUACACAAUUGACUUCAACCCUAGAGUGAAAUUAAGCCGGGAAAAAUUGGAGGAAAUAAUUGCAUAUAAUGCAAGUGUUGAAUUUUCUUUCUGACCAUUCUUGUUUUUUGCUCGCGUUCAUGGUCCAAGUUUGAACUAAAGAAAUGUUGUGCAAAGGCCUGCAACUUGAGCUUUAUCACCAGGAGCGGGAGGAAUAUUUCUAUUGCAUUAGGAAUUCUCCAUAGCCCUAAUUUUCAAGUCCUCAUCGUGGACCUCACUUCUUGGAUUGUAUUUUUUUGAUUGUUCUGGUAUUGGUAUUGUGCUCUCAGUUCAUACCUGGA